AUGGCGCUCAGUUUCUUCAGUGGAGGCGGCAGCGCAAGCUAUGCAAAAUACUUUGAUAUCCGCCUCGAUGAAGACUACAUCGUUUUUCGCGGAGGGGAGCAGGAGGCUGCCAGCGCCCAUUUAAGUGGGAAGCUCAUUCUCUGUCUGUCGGAACCGAUUUCAACCAAGCACAUUCGGCUUCAUCUUACUGGGAUAUCGCGGGUCUGUUGGCAUCUCCCCUCAAGCUCGGCUGGCGGCGGGCGCAAGAACUGGAGGGAGCGCGUGUUCUACGAGAAAACCUGGAAAUUCAGGGACGCGGGCAAGAGUAAGACCGAAAUCCUUCCUGCCGGCAACUAUGAGUAUCCCUUCGACGUCAUUUUGGAGGGGUCGAUGCCGGAGAGCGUCGAGGGCCUUUCGGACACCUACGUGACCUAUCGCUUCAAGGCGGAGAUCGGGCGCAAGUACGCGAAAGACAUCAUCGUUCGGAGACCGCUCCGCAUCAUUCGCACGUUAGAGUCUAGCGCCCUUGAACUUUCACACGCUAUGUCCGUCGAAAACAUCUGGCCAAACAAAAUCGAGUAUUCUAUUAGCACACCGACGAAAGCCGUCAUUUUCGGCACAAGCAUCCGAGUCGAUUUCAAGCUGAUCCCGCUUCUCAAAGGCCUCGGAAUUGGGCAGAUUGUUUCGCAGCUGCUAGAAACGCACGACCUCACUCUGAACCCAGAAGAUCCGGAUGCGAUCCGCAACACUUACAAAAACACGAGGACAAUCGUCAACGACGAGCAUACGAUAGACGCUGACCAGAACCUGGAGAUCAUUGAUGAGGCGGCGGAAGGGUACCAAUUCUCGCGCUUGUUGGAUCUACCCAAAACUUUGGCGAGAUGCCUGCAGGACACAGACACAAGGGGGAUCAAGGUCCGACACAAGUUGAAGUUCCGGGUCCAAUUACUCAAUCCCGAUGGACAUAUUAGUGAGCUACGAGCCACUCUACCCGUAUCGAUUUUCAUCUCCCCCAAUCUGGCGAUCGACGACAACAACACACUCGUCGAUGUUACUCCACAGGCUACACAGGCUGCAAUCAACAACAUUGCGCAGCAGGCUCCGCCUCUGUACGGCGAACAUCAGUUCGAUCAGCUGUACAGCGAGCUUGAUCCUUCCGGCUACCGAACACCGGGCCCCGGAAGCGGCCCUGGCACACCAUUUGGAACGCUUAGCCGAAACCUCUCUGCCGAAAAUCUCGCGUCUAUGAACGCAAUCACUAGCACUGACAUUUCUGCUACUGCGUUGCACCACCGUCUCCAGAACCUCGAUCUCCACGGACACAGCCGACUUUCCCCGUCAGAAAACGACCACCUAGGAGUUCCCUCGGAUCACGGCCCUGCGUCCGGCUCCAAUACCCACGGCUCGAAUACUCACACACCUGGAAGUCCAGAGCUCUCGCGGCGAACGUCUGACGAAGUCGAUCACGAUCAUUUGCCCUCGGGAAUGGCCACACCGUUUCACCCUCACUCUGCCGAAUUGGAAACACUCAGCCGUGUUCCGAGCUAUUCGACUGCGGUUCGUUCUUCUGUGCGCCCGCACGACAACCAAUUGCCUGACUACCAAGAUGUCAUUGCCGAGAACGUCCAAAUGACAGCUCCUCAGUCACCGCAGCAAGUGCAUCUCCGGGGUAUCGGCCGAGGAUCCGAUUAUUUCAGUGCCCCGAUGGACUUUUUUCAUCGGCCUGGCUUCCUCCACUCGCGGUCUCCUAGCCAUUCUGACGACGAGCGCCGCGUUCGCCUUGCCCAGGCACGAGGCAGAGCAUAA